GGGAAGUAGAUGGGUAUAUAAGGAGCCGCCCGAAUCAACGCAACUUCGAUCUAUAGUAUCAAUUCCACAAUUUCAAUUCGAAGCAAAGAGUAACAGUUGCAACAAUAUCCAAAAUGAAGUUUCCUUGGUCAAGAUUUCUCUCCUUUUACGUCGGGUUCGUUACAGUCUGUCUGGCAGCGUCACUUGAAUCGACGGGAGAUUUGUCGGUAUCCGAUGUCCGCCGCACCAAAUACCAAGACAACACGACCUGCACAUGGCAUUUCACCGUAAUCAACUCUACUUCGGAAGCUGGCAUGACGGAUAUCUUUAGCUGUAACUUCGACGUCAGAGUCGUGGAAGGGACAGACUGCGGCGCGGCAUCCUUCGAAAAUUCCUGCAGCAAUAAUAGUUCGUAUACAGUUAACGGCGGACACAGCGACCAAGGAUUUGUCGUGAUCGUUCUCGUCAAUAAUGAUCAAGGAUCCUUGGCAUACUUCGCAUUCUCAGACGAAGACCUGGAUUCUGCGUCUAAGGUCUCUAAUCAGACUAUGCCAACGUAUCCACAGGCAACUACCCAGCGACGCGAUUUGAUCGUAGGACGACAGGACAGCAACAGCACUCCCUCUUCUACCGAAUGGAAAAUCGAGGAUCUUUUUAGAGGUAUGGUACAUAGAGGGAACCUUUAGGGAAUUUCACAGACCCCCCGAAGGUGUUGAUAUGCAAAGCUGGGCGUGGUAUAACCAGGAAUGCGUAGGGAGCGGUUACUUCGCUUCGUGGGGAUAUAUGGAAACUGGUGACGCUGGUAUCAUGACGAUAGUCAAGUAAGCCCCGCAACGCAUUGCCCCAGUUGUAAUAGAGAAUCACGAUAUGCUAAUGUGCGUCUGCAAAGUUCGACUCGCAAUGGCCUGGCGUUCUUCGGAUUCUCCAAUAUCAACUCCAGUUCGUACUUAGGGGAUGCGGGACCAAGUACGGUUUCAUACUGUAACUGCGGCUGACC